GUGUCCUGCAACUGCCCUGCCCCCCGGAGAACCACUGCCCUAGCAAAUUAGAUAAAAGAAAGUGUGUUCCUGAAUAUCAACACCCCUUUCCUCACUACACUGAACUUUUACCUUUCUGGCUCCAUGCAUGUAGAAAAAAAGCAUCAUGGCUGUCUUGUCCUCAUCCAAUCUCUUGCUUCUUCUCCAAAUUUCCUCCCUGGAUUGGCUGUCCACUCCAGGAUCUGCAUUUCUCGUGGGCUGGGACCAUGUGACAUCAUCAGCUCCCCUUGAACCUCAUAUCACAGAGUGCAUAUCGAGGGACCUGGAGACAUUCAGAUGUGGGUGGAGUCUAGGCAACUUCCACAACAUGUCCUCCCCUGGAGCCCUCAGAGUCUUCUACCUUAAGAAAGAUUCACCAACCAGUGAAUGGAAAGAGUGUCCAGAGUACCUUCAUUCAAAUAGGGAGUGCUUCUUUGAUAUAAACCACACAUCCAUUUGGAUCCCCUACUGCAUGCAGCUCCGGGUCCAAAACAACAUCACCUAUUACAAUGAGGAUGACUGUUUCACUGUGGAGAAUAUAGUACGUCCUGAUCCGCCAGUUUCUCUGAACUGGACCCUGCUGACUAUAAGUCUUUCCGGGCUAAGUUAUGAUGUCAUGGUUAACUGGGAAUCCCCACCCUCGGCAGACGUCGAGGCGGGCUGGAUGCGCAUUGAAUACGAGAUGCAGUACAGAGAGAGAAAUACCACAAACUGGGAAGCAUUAGCGAUGCAGCCGCACACCCAGCAGACAAUCUACGGUCUGCACAUAGGAAGAGAGUACGAAGUGCACAUCCACUGCAGGAUGCAGGCCUUCACUAAGUUUGGAGAGUUCAGUGACUCCAUCAUCAUUCAAGUGACUGAGAUUCCCAGCAAAGAAUCUACUUUCCCGGUCACACUGGUUCUUGUUUUCGGGAUUUUUGGCAUCCUCAUCCUCAUACUCAUCAUGCUAAUUGUCGUCUCUCAGCAGCACAGAUUGAUGAUGAUUCUGUUGCCACCGGUUCCUGCACCCAAAAUUAAAGGCAUAGAUCCAGAUCUGUUAAAGAAAGGGAAGCUGGACGAGCUGAAUUUCAUCCUGAGUGGUGGAGGUAUAGGUGGCCUGCCCAUUUAUGCACCAGAUUUCUACCAAGACGAGCCAUGGGUGGAGUUCAUCGAGGUGGAUGCUGAGGAUGCAGAUACUGGAGAGAAGGAGGACAACCAGGGCUCAGAUACCCAGAGGCUCCUGGUUCUGUCCCAACCCGUCAGCCACCACAUGAACAUAGGGUGCUCCAAUGCAGUCAGCUUCCCUGAUGAUGACUCAGGCCGGGCCAGCUGUUACGACCCAGAUCUACCCGACCAUGACACCCUAAUGCUGAUGGCCACCCUUCUGCCAGGCCACCCAGAGCACGGACAAUCCUUCUUUGAUGUUGUUGAAAGAGGCGAGAGACCCCUCGUCCAAACCCAAACUGGAGGGCCCCAGACUUGGGUCAACACAGACUUCUAUGCCCAAGUCAGCAAUGUGAUGCCCUCCGGUGGCGUGGUAUUGUCUCCUGGCCAGCAACUUAGAAUCCAGGAGAGCACCUAUGGCACAGAGGAGGAAACACAAAAGAAGGGAAAAGAGCACAAAGGCAGCGAGAACAAUGAGGAAAAUAAGCAGAAGGAGCUGCAGUUUCAGAUGCUGAUAGUGGAUCCUGAAGGUAGCGGCUACACCACAAAGAGCAACGCCCGGCAGAUCAGCACUCCCCCUAGCCCCCCCAUGCCUGGAGAGGGUUAUCAAACCAUACACCCUCAGCCAGUGGUGCCAAAACCUGCAGCCACAGCAGAGGAUAAUCAAUCACCUUACAUUCUUCCUGACUCUCCCCAAUCCCACUUCUUUGCCCCUGUUGCAGACUACACAGUGGUACAGGAGGUGGACAGUCAACACAGUCUGCUCCUCAACCCGCCUCCCCACCAGUCUCCCCCUCCCUGCCUGCCACAGCACCCACUCAAGGCCCUACCUGCUAUGCCCGUUGGGUACAUCACCCCAGACCUGCUGGGGAACCUCUCACCGUGAAAUGACAAUGCCAUUAGGCCUUUUAAGUGUAAGGUUGUUUGAGCGGGAAGCCCCCCGCAGUCAAAAAAGCCUGUUUCUACCUUAUUCCUGCUGGAAACCAAAAAACUUGCAUCACACAGUUAGGAUGAGAGUGUACAGGUGUUUGUUUUCAGAGGCAGCUGAAAGGGAGACGUGAAAAGCUACCAAGCUAUAUUCUUCUACAUCUGCUACGUCAACGAAUUUGAUGCAAAGGCAGCCAAAAGUAAAAACCACAAUCAAUGCACAGUUUGCUCGAUAUGUUGACAUCCAUGCACAAGACACACACAGAUAAUAGGCUGAGACCGAUUGUAAUGAGUGAAAAAGCUUUAGCUCACUGCUAAAGUACCUUGGAUCACAUUAUAUCUCUGAUUUAUUGUGUUUAGAGCAAUGGCAUUGUUGAAGUCUUAAUCUUACAGAGAGUUGUCAGUGCAUGCUUGAUCAGGAGUAGACCAGUUCAUUUUAGUCAUGUCUUUUCACACCACACCAAGAAGAAGCUGUUGUUGAUACUUCUUGCUGGCAGAGAUGUUAUGCUGCUCAAUUGUGGCUUAUUUUGUAUUCAUAACUACGUCAUUUCUAAUCACAUCAUGUCAUUUUAUUAGUGUUUAAAGGAAUAAUUCACCCUAAAAUAUACGUCUAUGCAGUUUUACCUUGCAUUCCUACCUUCAUUUUAUUUAAUGGUAUGCUCUUCAUAUAAUACAAUAAAUAUGUGGCCAAAUGUAGAUUAUAUGAUGUCAGAUAUGUUCUCUAUUUUUCUACAGCCACAAUAGAGUUUAAUAGAAGAAAUACUUUCAGCAACUGAAAAAAAAACAUACAGUACAAAUGUGCAGACACAGACAUGAGUCAUUGGGACAAAAAUAUUUUGUCUCUCCUUCACCGGGGGAAAAGCAUUUUUUUUAAAUGAAAGAAGUCACAAAAUAGAAGUAGGGCUGACGAAUAAAAGGGAAAUUAUAACUUUUCAUCAUAAACUAAUUCCAGGAAUGCGUUGAAUAUUACAGACUGAUUAUACAAGUCCCAGCAUGGAAAAAUGUAUUCCAUUUUAUUCUGACAUGCAUACUGAGAACAUGACUUUUACAGCACCGAACAGCUAUUCUUUUAGUAAGAAGAAGGACUUAUUCAGAUUCAUUCACAGCUGGGAGCCGUUCAGUGCAAACGGUGCUGUAGUACACUGAGCACCAACAUGUGCCUUGCUCAAGGGCAAAUUGAUAUACAAGGGAAGAGACACACAUACCCAGCAGUUCUGAGAAACAAGAUAUUGCAUUUCAUUCUGCAGCAGACAAGUCUCACAUUUACAUCCAGCACUCACUCAUAAUGACUUAAACUAAAACCUUAAUGAGCAAGCUUUCUACUUGGGAGUUGUAUUCUUCUCACGUUGUGUUGUGAUUGCAGGCACAACUGGAAGACUGUGAAAGUAUGUAAUAGCCGUAAUUAGCUAAUAUUUUAUACAUAUUAUCUGCCGAGUACAUGUUAACAGCCUGUUUCUAUGAUAGUGUUAUUGGCUUGCCAUUUAUGUGCUAAGUUAAGAUACUUAAGAUUUGUGCAUUCAUGUAUUGAUAUAUGUACAAGCAAGUGCUGCUAUGUAAAGGUGAAUUGAUGUGAAGCCUCUCUGUGCAUAGAUUCACGACUACAAAUCUGCACUUGCACAAACACAGUAACAUGCAUGCACACAGACUAAAUCAAAAACAUUUUCCUUAAUUGAUAUUUAAUUUUGCCUUCCUGACAUAGUCAUAAAAAUGAUGAUCUGAAAAUUGUCUCAGGAAAUAGUUGCAAGGGUGAACAUUUUCUGAGACCACUCAACCGUAAAUUGCACAUGACCAAUCAUGGUUGUUAAACUUACCACAAUUUCCAAAGCUGGAAGACUUUGAGUUCCAAGUUCUGGUACUUUUGCCAGAAAACCUAAGUCAGACAUGUAGGUAAUAUCUGUAUAAAUAGGCAUGGAUUCCUAGUUUCCCCCAUAGUUUUCUUAGAAAAAAAACUAUUUAGGAUAAAAACUUGGGCAGAAUUGGUUGUUUAAUCAGUUAUUUCGUCACAUUAGCGUAUAGUGUAAGCUUGCCCUGGGUUCAAUGACAUAGUAAGCUUUGUAUAAUGACCUUUGUGGGUGAGAGGAUAGCAAAGGAAACAUUUUUUUCAAGGUUUUAGACUCCUCAAAUGUUUUCAUCGUAUGACUUCUCUCAUAAAGACUGACAAUAUGCCCAUGACAAAACACAGCAGCAUAGCAUAAUCUAUCAAUAGAGGUUAAUAGAGGUUUUGUGAUGCAACGCAAUGAAUUUUCAUUAUAGCUAGUCUAUUGUUAUUGUAUAACAUCAAGGCAGUCUCCAAAUGAGCCCAUCACAUCACAACAAAACAUACUUCACCGUGUAAAGGAAACACAUCCUGCCUUUGGGUUAUGUUGCUUUGGAAUCAUCAUUGAGAUAAGAAGGCUAAGCAGUCAGAAAAUCCCAUAAUGAAGAGAGACAAAGCAAGAGCCAUAAAAUGAUUUUGUUUUUUUACUGUGAAUAUGACAUAUAUAUCUCAUUCUGUGCCUCUGCCUGUCUCGCAGUAUUCUGUUGUUGCUGCCUAUAGUGCUGAUGAUACCAGCAAGUCAAUGCUGUUGCAAAAACGUCUUAAUAUAUUUACUAGUGCUGUAAAAUUACAAGUAUAUAUUUUUUAUGUCAUUAAUGUUACUAAUCAUAAUAUAUUGCUGCUUGGUACAUGUUGUUUUUCCUGCAUCCUGUUUUUUUUUUUUUUAAAGGUUACAGUGAAUCGGGAGGUGUUUUUUAAGCUUACUGCAGGUGUUUACUACAUUGUGUCUGCAAUUUCCCUUUUUUUUGCCAGUUCACAAUAAGCUCAUUGUUAAUGUUCUGUAAAGGUUUGCAACUGUUAUUUCAAGCUUAUAAAUGUUACAGACACUUUAGAGCAAGCACUUUGUACACACACACACACAUACAUACAUACACUACAUACAUACAUACAUACAUACAUACA